UCACGACCUCGGUGUUUAGCAGAUUAACAACCUUGUCUUGAAUUAAUUUAUCAAAAUAAUCAUAAAAUAUCUUUGAUAAGAGCUGAUUAUAAACUGCACAUGAAAUUAUUAUCAGUAUACAUAUACAACGCAGAAAAACCAACAUUUAAUAUCAGUGACUAUGCUGCGUAAACAUGUCGGUACCGCGUCGGUCAUCGAGUUUACAUUGCAAGAACAAAAUAAAACAUGAAUAUCCUGUCGAUAAUAUACUAUCAACCUCACCAAUGUCUGGAUAUCCGACAAAUAGAUCUCUCACAUCUAAUAGUAGACAAACGAGGGAAUCUGAAUAUUACUUUCCUUCUUUGUCCAGAAGAACAUCACUGUCUUCAAAUUUAAUACAUGAAUUACAGAAGAAUACUCGAUAUAGACAACAAAAAGCGAAAUUAGAAGAUCGGAAAUCCAAGUCGGUUGAGUUUUUAGAAAUCGCUUCUCGGGAGACAACAACAGAUAAACCUAAAAGUUGCAGUAGUUCAAAUUCAAGCAAAAGAAAAUCUGCAUCGCUAUCGGAUUUUAAAAAAGUAAGUGUUUGUUUGUUAAUUCAAAUAAUUUAAUUCCAUACUGACUAAAAAAAUAGUACAAGAAUUAACAAAAAAUGUAAACAAAUUGAAAUUCUAAAGCAGUAUAUCUUGAUUAGUGUAAAUGGAAUGUGUUGUAGUGAAUAUCAAUUCAAAUAUAUUAGUAUUAAACGAAUAAUAAAUCAUGUACUAAAUCAACAAAACAAAUUUUGGUGUGGAUGAAUAUGCAAAAUUAAGUUUAUACUUUCAACUUGUAAUGUUCUUUCAUCAACAUUAUAAUGAGUAAACAUCAUUAUUGUCUCCUUUUGGACUAUUCUUAAUGGAUUUGUUUAUGUGGUAAUUAGUUUUGUGAUAAUCAUGUUGUAUAUUAGUUGGGUCAUAAAUAUUUGCAUACUACAUUCCAAUAAGGCUGUUUUUGAAAUAAUAUAUGACUAACUGUAAACAAAUAUAGGAAACAUCUCAAAGUUUGGUUAGGGACGUUUUUAUUUGGAUUCUUUGCAAUAUAUAAUUAUUGUUUUGUAAACUCAUUGACUGAAUUAAUCAGUAAGAUAUUGGUAAAUUAAAAACAAUAGUUGUUAUCUACAUUAAAACAUUUUGUUUUUAUCAGUAAGAUAACAUGAUGCUCAUUAACCUUUUUUUUGCUUCAUUUGUGUUCCAAUUUAUUAUGUUCAGUAUUUUUGAAAAUAGAUUUAAACAAUCACUGAAAAUAGUGACAAGCAAUUAUAACAAUAUUGACAAAAUGGUUGAUGGAUAUCUCGUUUUUCAUAGGGAUGUAAUUCAAUAUUUGUCGCGGUAUGAGACAGGAAGAUAAUUGUUUUCUUCUUUGGAAAACUACAAAAAAUUCGAAUCAUUAAAAUAAGGUGUCCUUUAUGAUAUGGUAAUUUCGUUAUUAAUAGACGUAAAUUUCAUGUAAUUUUGGUGACAGCAUAUGUAUUUACUUUCUAAAUGACUCACUGUUGUCUCAAAAGCGUUCCAAGUGAAGUGGCUUACAGUUGUCGCUUUAUAAUUUUUUGGUUAGGUUAUGUAGGUUACUUUGUGGACACCCUGUAUAUGAAUAUUAAAGACAUAAUGAUUCAUAGUAAUGAUAUACUACACAAACUGUAUAAAUUCUUGAUAUACGGUAAUUUUAUCACUGAUAACAACGAUAAGGAAACGAAAAAAUAUGUUUGUUGCAAUGAAACUUAAGUUUUUAUGUGGUUUAUAGUUGAUUUGUGUCAUCGGAAUAAUAAAUUGUGUUUGGGAAAAUGGAGUUUUUUUUUGGCAGAAAAAUGAUGUUUAAAGAUGUAUAUAAUAAAACUAGUGACAAAAAUUUGGAAGGAUUAAAGUCAAGUACAUCACGUCCUAAAGGAAGUAAUAGAAAAAUGAAUUUAAACAUCAGAUCGGUUUGGUACGACGAUGGAGAUAGAAUUUCUGAGAAUCCUUGUUUACGAAAAGCCGCAAGUUUAGACAGUUUACUCACAGAUAAAUCAACUAAAACAAAAAUAACUAAGGAUAUGAUUUCGGCACCUUUCUAUUUAAGGAAGCUUGACGAACGUAAUGAUAUAAAAACUAUUGAUUCUUUUGGUAUCCUUGAGGAAAGAGAAGCGUCCAAUUCCACGAGCAGUGAUUGUGAAAGUAGCGACAGUGAUAGUGUUUCCAGUUCAAUUAUUGAUAAUGAAAAUCGAAUGUUUAAUAUCAAUAUACCUAGUCCAAUAGACGAAAAUAUUAUAAGACAAAAAUAUAAGUUUGUACCUGAUAAAACUAGAAGGAAAAAUAUUUUACAUUUAACGAAAAUAUUAAACAACAGCGAUAUUUCUAAUAUUGAAGACCAUUCUGGCGAUGAUUCCGAAGAAAAACUCGAGUCGCAAAUACAAAUUAUUACAGAAUUAACAAAAAAUGAUGAUGAAAAAGUUAUUACAAAUACGCAGGAUUUUGAAAAUUCAAUAAAUAAGAAAAUAUUAAAGAAACAAAAAGAAGAACCGUCUAAUUUAUUAAGAAUGAAGGGGAUGUCAAAAUCUUCGGAUGUGCUGUCAAGUUUUAGGGAUAGCCAGGAAGUUUUGAGAACCCUUCAAUCAAAUAAAGAUGAGCCGUUAUCGCGUAGCGUGGGGCCGUUUCCGAAGACCGAUGACCAUUUGUUUAGCGAAGGAGUUCAACUUAGGCCACACCGAAUAGACGGUACUAGACAAUCCUUAACUAUAGGUUGUGAUCCUAGGAGAGUUUACAGAAAUCCGGAUUUUGAUGUGAAAGGCUGUGUGAAGAUUCAUUUUAUUGCCGAUAAUAAAGUUUUUAAAUUGAAUAAGAACGACUGCAUCCAAUAUACAAAAAAUUCUAUUAUUAAAAAUGAAGAGGUAUUGAAAUAUGGUGUGAUUCUUAGGACAAUAAAAUUAAUAAAUAAAAAAGAAGUCGAAUUGAGAGAUAUAAAUAACCAACCGUACAUUCUCGUUUUCGAUUCCUCCAAAGAUGCCAAAUUAUUUACAGAAAGUGAUAAAGUCAGUUCUUACACCGACAAUGAAAAAUCAACAAUAACCAAAACUCUUCUCCGAUUGUUGGGAAAACGAUCGAGUCGAGAAGUUUUAGAAAAAAAAGGUAUAUAUCAAAACGAACCGAUAUUUGGUAAUACACUGAGAAACAUAUACGGUGUAAAACAAGAAGUACCUAAAUUCAUUUUGAAAACCAUGGAACUAAUCGAGAGACCAGAUAAUAUAACCAGUUUGGGUUUGUACAGAACCUCGGGGAAUCUAGCUACCAUUCAAAAAAUACGUUUGGAAGUCGAUAAAGGUAAUCUGGAUAUUUUGGAUAAUUAUUCCAAAGAUCCCGAUGUUCUAACUGGAAGUUUAAAAUUGUUCUUCAGGGAGUUGAAGGAGCCGUUACUAUCCUGCAAGACUUGCGACAAUUUACUAGGUUUUACUAAAAAUGGUAUGAAUUACGGUAAAAAAGACCGAGAUAAUAUCAGAACAAUUUUAACUCACAUACCGGAAGCGAAUUCUGAAACUCUAUUAGCACUAAUCAAACAUUUAAUAAAAGUAGUCGAAUAUAAGGAUCAAAACAAAAUGGAUACAUAUAAUUUGGCAGUUUGUUGGGGCCCAACUAUAAUAUUUGCGACGGAUAAUGCGGUUACUAAAGACUUGGUAACCCAAAGUGCGGAAGCUACUAAAUUAUUCGAUGCUCUGUUGAAUUUCUAUAUAAACAAUCCCGAGGAAUUGGAAUUGAGAAAGAAAAAACACGAUGGGUUAGAUAGUAAUCGGAAUAUGAUAUAUCGGCAGGAUUCUAAGGACAGUAUCCAGAGUUCUGAUAGUGGAUAUUCGAAUAAAAACAAAAGUUCGAGUAAUUUGAGUCUCGAUGCAAUCGACGAUGUGCUUAAAAAAUCAGUGGAACUAAUAGAAGGGCAUUUGAAUGCGGAAGGUCUGUACAAGAAGAACGGUUCGACCGAAAAGGUUGCCAAGAUUUUGAAAAAAAUGUCGAAAAGAAAAUUAACCGAAAUGGAAAAAUACAAAAACGACGUAUACGAUUUGACCGACGCUUUGAAGAAAUAUCUAAAAGAAGGUUGUGAUUUUACGAUUACAAAAGAGACCGUAGAAUACGUUAAUAAAAUAUGCGAUAAUACUCAAUGGUUAGAACACAAUGUAAGGCAGAGGGUUAUAACCGUAGUAGCGGAUGCGCCAAAAAAAGAUACUCUAAUAUUCAUCAUCCGUCAUAUAAUUAAAUUGAUUAAACACGAAUCGAGUCACAAAGUAUCCAAAGCGGAUAUUAUUUCAAUAUGGUCUAGAAUAUUGAACGAUCAAAUGAGAAUAGUGGAAACCGAAGAAAAAAUGAAUAAUUUCAUAAAGAUACUAGUUGAUGUAUUCGAUGAAUCGAAAAGCGAUAUUACCACCAUGCCGAAAGGAAUGUCGAACGGUUUAUUGAACGAUUUGAAAAAUUUACAAAAAGAAAAAGAUAGAAUCAGUAAAUACGACAACAUGCCGGAUGAAUUCGAUUGUAUAAAUAAAGAAGCGACAAUAUUAGAAGAGAAGACUGAAGAUAUCGAACAUACAAAAUUGUGAAUGAAUAAGAAAAUGACACAGUUGAUUAGUUGUAGAAAAAUUUUUGUCUAUCAAAAAUUUUAUUAAUAUCUUCGGUAGUAAGCAUACAUUCCAAUGUUACCAACUUUUUCAAUUUGCCUUUCGGAACCUAUUUUCAUUUCAUUUCAAAGAGACUGAACUGAUUAUAUUUGUUUGACUUUUUCUUAUGUAGUGUGCCUUUAUCCCGUUAAAAAUGUAUUUUAACAAUUAAAUAUUAAAGUAUUCUUUAUCUCUGUGAUACAUACAAAAAUAUUAAAAAAACCAUUCCAGUUUGUUAAACUUUUAUCUUGAAAUUACGUCAUUAAUAAUUUCAUUCCUGUUAUUCUUGUAACUAGUAAAAUUAGUAACAAUACGAUUAUUAUACUCUAGAAUUUAGCAGACUUAUAAUCUAAAUUGUUACCAAAUUUAAAUAAAUUACCUUUCGUAAAGGUG